AUGCGCAUCUUCCUCCUACCAUUGACGACACGUCAAGCGUUGAUCUACUGUCAGAAACCGGCGCAGCAAGUAGCCAAGCCAGCCAGUUACACUGACCGCGCCAUCAACUACGCGGCGAAGACUUGGGAGAAAUGGGAGGCUGCUGAGAAGGGCUGGAAGAAGACUGUGGUUACGUAUGGUAACGCAGGUCUAAAGCGCGUACCCUACCAGGAAUGGGGACUCAAAAGCUUCCCUCCGGGAGUACCAAAGAAGGAGGCUGAAACCAUAACGAACGCCGUUAAGCACGAUGUCGUUUAUCCGGGCAAUAUUAUGCACCAGAACGAUGUCCCCAAAGUCCUGCUCCGUUUGGCAAGAGAACGCAAACAGCUUCACUGGAAUCGAUUCAUCGGUAGCCUGCUGGGCAUGCCCAUCACCUUGCCCUUCGCACUAGUGCCUGUCAUACCAAACAUUCCCUUCUUCUACCUUGUCUUCCGGUGCUGGUCACAUUGGAGAGCUCUACAAGGCUCUAAUCAUCUAGACGCCAUAGUUGAGAACAAACUCUACCGGCCGGUCUCAUCGCCUACAAUCGAGGACCUAUACGACCAGAUAGCACCCGAUGCCCCAGACUUCAACUUUGUGACCGCAUCACAGUUGGAGGACAAAACCGCUCCAGAGGAAAAGAUCAUUCUGAGACUUGACAGCCACCUCAAGAUGGCGGCGCGCUUACGAGUGCCUGAACUCAGCGGAGAGAUCGAGAGAGCCGUAUGGCAGGUAGACCGGGCCAUGCGCAAGCAGCGAGAGGAAAGCACGAAGCAAGCCAGCCAAAGGGGCGGCGAUGGAAAGGACAAACAGCAGUAA